CGAAGCGGCACGACUUCUGAAGGUCUUCAAAAUUUGGCGACGGCGUCAGCCGCAAAGGAGAAAUAUAUUUAUAUGUGUGACCAAGGUGUUCGAACCUCUUGAGACCCGUCAGUAAUCUUUCGCAAGGGCACUUUCAGUAAAGCCGGUACGCUUGACCACACCUUUGACACGCCAAUCGCAGCAAAGCACCUUGGAUGGGGAACAUUGGGCGGCCGAGUACAGGUUGUGGUCUAUGUCGGAAGCGUAGGGUCAAGUGCGACGAGGGACGCCCUGGCUGCUGCAAUUGUGCGAGGCUCAAGAAGCCAUGUCCCGGGUAUCGUGCACCGGGCUAUGGUCUGAUUCGAAAGACAGUCUUUGUCCCCCGACCUGAAAACGAAAACCCAAACGCAUCAUCCACAGAAAGUCUUGCUCUUGCUGGACAGAUCAGCUCGCACAGUUCGAUAUCAGGUGCUGGAGUGAGGAAUCACAUCCGGACAGGCAGUCAAUCUCCGCAGACUCCAGGAAUCCUGCAUGUUGUCCCAAGCGAUGUGACCGAACACGCUGUCUGGUACUCGCUUGGUCAAUUCGACACCACCUCACGCGUUUUGUACGGGAAUACUGCAUUCCAGUUCCUGCCGGAAAUCAUGCACAAGGCCGGUACCGACUCCCAUCUCUAUGCCGCAAUGAGGGCUGUCGGCGUGAUCAAUCUUGCCAACCGGUCGCCCACAGUCGACAUGCGUUCCGUCGUCGACUUCGAAUAUGCAAACGCCGUGUCGGCAGUCACUGCAGCACUAGCGCACCCGGACAAGUGGUUGACGGACGAAACUUUGGUUGCUGUAUGGUUGCUUGGUGUAAGAGAGCUUCUUGCUGGCGUCGCCGGCGCCACCCAUACGAGUACGAGUGGACUGUCACGGCAGACACACGUUGACGGCACCCUGAUGCUCCUGCGCCUACGUGGAGAGACCCAGUUCCGCGAUCCUGAAGGCCGCCACCUUUACCACACCCUACUAUCAUCCAUGCAUUGGAAACCACUGUUCGCAGGUGAGGAACCGACGCAAGAGUACCUGAACCUUGAAGCACAAAUUCCCAAGGCCACCAGCGCCGUCCCGAAUGCCUCCUUAAGGUUACGCAGCUUCUUUCAUGAUGUUUCGAAACUGCGUGCGAGGGUCAAAAACUUUCUCGACAUAGCUGACAAUGAGCCCCUCAACCGAUCCGAUCUUGUCGACUCGUAUCUGAAAGCUGGAGCAAGACUCGAAGACAAGCUGGAUGGCUGGUGCGACAUACCUGAGUGGCAACCCAGAGAGGUUGUCGUGGAUUCUCCCACGCAGUAUACAUAUCACACCGCGUGGACUUUCGACGACCUAUUUCGACUUCACUGCUUCAAGUGCUGGGACGGAUUCUUUCACUGGAACCGAUAUUAUGUCGCUAGAAUCUGCUUGCAUGCUGCGCUGCUUGACGCCCUGGCCCAAAUUGAGAAACAGUCUCCAUCUGAUGCUACGGUAGAACAGACAUCAACAAGAGAUGAUUUGGUGUCUCUGCACACUGCGGUCCUGCAAGACAAUGUCCGGGACUUUCUAGGAGUACUGGCUUAUGCAUUUGGUGAUGUGGACGAAUGUGGGCGACUGCGGUCUGUUCCCACGCCAGUCCUUAGCGAUGGAGCCUCCACGAUCCAUCGCGGUAUCAAUACGCCUGCAACUUUGCAGACUCUAGCACCCUUGAGCUACCUGAUCACCCUCAGGUAUCUUGAACCUAGUCAGCGAGAAGCCAUGUAUCUGGCUUUGCGGCGGAUAAGGGCCGAAUUCCGCGUGCGAUGAUGCGAUAUCUGCGAGGGAACAAUGGACAUAGAAGGGUGCCAGACCCUUCGGGUUGGGAUGGAUUUCCAAAUCUUGUUGCCGCAGGG